UAAGUAGAACUAGCUGGCUAAGAAAGAAAAAUUGAUGAGGCCGACGAUCUAGGAGCUGAGAGAUAAAGUCAUGGCGUUUUCUAGCGAUACACUGGUUGCAGACAUCAGGAAGUACUCGAGUGAAAGGAGCUUCAAGGCUCUGGUGGAUGUCCUGCAAACACAAGAGGAUAGCCUGGUUGAGACUGACCCUUCUGUACUUGACACCAUUAUUGAGUGUCUUAGCUCCAACGCUCACUCUCUGGGUGUCCUGGCAGCACUAAAUGGAAAACUGAAUCGAGAGCAAGUGGCGUGGACCAACUUUAUCUUACAGAUGAGAGAUUUCAUCACCAAUUUUUCGACCGAACAAAUUAAGCACUCUCCAUUAACAUUUUGUAAUCUGAUCCACAAGUUCACGGAGCAGCUGUGUCUGAAGAAACAAGCACGAGAGGGCAUACCGAUACUUCUCCUGGCCAUUGACAAGUACUCUCCCUCCCCCACCACCCUCACAGCCAUUCACUGCGACCUCAUUCAGCUCUGUUUAAUGGCUAAGAACCUGAAGCCUGCUCUUCCCUACCUGGAGAAGGAGUACACAACACUCUUCACUGAAAAUGAGCAGUUUGAUGUCAAGCAUGUGCUACUAUUCUACUACUAUGGAGGGAUGGUGUACACGUGUCUCCAUGACUACCUCAGGGCCCUCCUGUUCCUCACUGUGUGUCUCACUAUGCCCACUGUGGCAGUCAGUGCUAUCAUGGUGGCAGCCUACAAGAAGUACUGUCUAGUCUCUCUAUUGAAAUUCGGCAAGGAGAUUUCUUUACCAAAAUACUCCUCACACAUUGUGGAGAGAGCUCUGAAACCUCUCUGUGGGCCGUAUAUUCAAGUGGCCAAGUUCUACUCCUCUGGCAAGGCAAGCUCUUUACAGUCGGCCAUUGUCAAGUUCCAAGACAUUUUCAACGCAGAUGGCAACACUGGGUUGAUACAGAGGCUCUCAGCAAGAGUGCAUAGACACAGUGUACAGAGAUUGACUCAUACUUUUCUGACUGUGGGGCUUGCUGAUGUCAGCACGAAAUUAGAACUGUCAAGUGAGCAAGAAGCUGAGAAAUACAUCAGAGAUAUGAUUGAGGAUGGGGAGGUCCACGCAACGCUUGACCAGGCAGCACGAAUGGUCUCUUUCACAGAGAACCCUGAGAACUUUGACACUCUGGACACAGUGCGACUGAUGGACUCACAAUUGAGGGAGGCUAUCUCUCUAGAGAAGAAACUGGGAGCAUUCGAUAAAGAGCUGGCAGGGGACCCAAGAUACAUAGAGAGAGUGAGUCUGAUGCGGUCGGGAGGUGAUGAGGAUCCUCUGUUCCCUGAUGAACCUUUGUAGGAGGACAAUCUUAUUAGACUGAUCACUCUACUGUGUGUGUGUGUGCUUGUGUUCUUUCAAGAUUCAGUGUUGCCAUGUUAUGAUUUAUCCAUCCCUUG